GCUUAUGAUGAAGCCAAAGCAGCUGGGAAGGCUUCUCCGGCCAAGGAGGUUGAGAAGCUAGGCUAUCGUGGCUUUUACCGUUGCUGUGUCUACAAAUGUGCUAAAUGCCGGCAAGUUCAGCACUGGGACCUUUUGGUCACAACAGCUCCCCAGUUGGCCAAGAGAAUGAAGGAACUUCCCAACAAAGUGAGGAAAAUGAUUGGACAACCUCUCAAGUUUGUGUCAAGGAUCUCAGGUAUGAACCUUGAGGAGAAAGGCACCACCAUACUACCACCGGAGCUAGCGGAGAUGGUUGCGGAAGCUGUUGAACGCAUCGCCUUGGGGGAAGAAUGCGAUUUUUACUUUGUGGCAGACGUGCUCAAACUGGCAAUCCAGCAAUGGAAUGAAUCAGUUGACCUCAAGAAGCAGAAAUUGUCCAGCGCGGGUGGUCUACUGCAGACAUUGGAGGCAGUAACCGCAGGAGAAGAGGGUUUCCAGGAGAAUGAAGCAGUUGCUCGAGUUGAAAACAGUGUUGCCGAGCAAAUGGGUAGGCUUCAGAAGAUCACGCUGAAGCCAACAGAGAACAACUUUUUGAAAUCAGCACAGAGACUAUGCCAAAAGUGUGGAAUUGGCGUCUGUGGCAACACGAAGCCGGGCAAGCACCUGCCCUCAUCCCACCCAGCUCUACAGAAGCUUAGAGAGUUCAUCCAGCUGUUUGGAGCUUGCAGUACCAACCGUCACGGAGGACCCUCCAGCCUCGAACCCAUUGCGACGACCUAG